AUGAACAUCUAUCUGGAGAGAGGAACAGAGCCAACCCUGAUGAGAAUCAAUCUAGAGAUGGGAACAGGGCCAACCCUGAUGACCAUCUAUCUGGAGACCCAUGGGAACAGGGCCAACCCUGAUGACCAUCUAUCUGGAGAUGGGAACAGGGCCAACCCUGAUGACCAUCUAUCUGGAGAUGGGAACAGGGCCAACCCUGAUGACCAUCUAUCUGGAGAUGGGAACAGGGCCAACCCUGAUGACCAUCUAUCUGGAGAUGGGAACAGGGCCAACCCUGAUGACCAUCUGUCUGGAGAUGGGAACAGGGCCAACCCUGAUGACCAUCUAUCUGGAGAUGGGAACAGGGCCAACCCUGAUGACCAUCUGUCUGGAGAUGGGAACAGGGCCAACCCUGAUGACCAUCUGUCUGGAGAUGGGAACAGGGCCAACCCUGAUGACCAUCUAUCUGGAGAUGGGGAACAGGGCCAAUCUGAUGACCAUCUGUCUGGAGAUGGGAACAGGGCCAACCCUGAUGACCAUCUGUCUGGAGAUGGGAACAGGGCCAACCCUGAUGACCAUCUGUCUGGAGAUGGGAACAGGGCCAACCCUGAUGACCAUCUAUCUGGAGAUGGGUCAGGGCCAACCCCUGAUGACCAUCUAUCUGGAGAUGGGAACAGGGCCAACCCUGAUGACCAUCUAUCUGGAGAUGGAACAGGGCCAACCAUCUAUCUGGAGAUGGGAACAGGGACCCCCUUGAUGACCAUCUGUCUGGAGAUGGGAACAGGGCCAACCCUGAUGACCAUCUGUCUGGAGAUGGGAACAGGGCCAACCCUGAUGACCAUCUGUCUGGAGAUGGGAACAGGGCCAACCCUUGAUGACCAUCUGUCUGGAGAUGGGAACAGGGCCAACCCUGAUGACCAUCUGUCUGGAGAUGGGAACAGGGCCAACCCUGAUGACCAUCUGUCUGGAGAUGGGAACAGGGCCAACCCUGAUGACCAUCUGUCUGAGAUGGGAACAGGGCCAACCCUGAUGACCAUCUGUCUGGAGAUGGGAACAGGGCCAACCUUGAUGACCAUCUGUCUGGAGAUGGGAACAGGGCCAACCUUGAUGACCAUCUGUCUGGAGAUGGGAACAGGGCCGACCUUGAUGACCAUCUGUCUGGAGAUGGGAACAGGGCCGACCCAUCACCAUCUUUCUAGAGAUGGGAACAGGGCCAACUCUGAUCACUAUCUAUCUGGAGACUGCUGGGUAUAUAAGUAUUGUCUUACACCACUUAAAGCAACAUUACAGUAUCUACACACGAUAUGGACUUCACACACUGUGCCCAUGUGGGCAGGAAGACUGUUGUAA